UGCCCUCACAAGCCCAGUUGCUCUGCAACUUUGCCAACAUAUCCAAUCCAAUCCAAUUUCUAUUUAAAUUCGGAAAUUGGAUGAGCAUGCGACAACCUAAUCCUCUCCCACCAAAUACCGCGAAACAAAAAUCUUCCAUCCGAAAACUUUCAACAAUGGAGAUUUCAAAUCGUCCUUCUUUACGUAAUCCAUUUCCUCCUCAUCUCCUCUAUCCCUACUACCAUUACGCCAUUCCUCAGAACUACGUGCACUGGGUACAAACCCCUGACUCUCAUAUUUUCUCGGCCGAUCUCCCAGGUGUUCGGAAAGAGGAGAUAAAAGUGGAGGUUGAGGAUUCGCGGUACCUGAUUAUUCGAACAGAGGCCGUCGAUGGAGUCGAGGAGCUUGCGAAGAGCUUCUCGAGGAAGUUUCGGCUUCCGGUUCUGGUCGAUGUAGAUGCGAUUUCGGCCGGGUUCGAGAAUGGAGUUCUGGAGAUUACGGUGCCUAGAUCUUUCAGGAGAGCCUCUGUCAUCCUGCCGACUGAUUCACCCGAUCAACUUCAACUCCUCGCUAGGGCUGCUUGAGUUAGAUUCCAACUCAAAUUUGCUUGUUCUUCCUUCUCUUUCCUUGUAGUUUCCGGGAUUGGGAAGUUGGAAAUUUGAAAUUUGCUGUUGCGUAUGGCAAAUUUGCAACACUUUUUUUUUUUUUUUUAUCAAUAUCAACAUAUUGUUGGAUUUAGAAGUGUAUUCUUCUCGUUCCAAAAAGGCUGCCUGACCAAAUCGAUAACGUCUCAUCCAUUCCAUGGCAGUUAAUAAAUUAUAGAAUCAUCUAUUGGACACAGAACCAUAGAAGUGUCUGAAUAAUAGCAAGCAGUUCAUAAUUGACUUCGGACAAA